CAUCCAAAUCAAUCCUGAAUUCCGCUCAUUUCCAAUUGCAACAUAAAUAUAUAACUCACAGAAGAGAGAGAGAGGAAGAUCAUUCGAUGGCUGACCAGACGCACAGCGCCGUGGAUUCGCUGCUGGGCCUCCUCACGGGGGCGAUCAAGGACGAGGCUCGGCUGCUGGGCGGCGUCCAGGGCGACAUCCAGUUCAUCAAGGACGAGAUGGACAGCAUGAACGGCUUCCUCCUGCACCUGACAAAGAUGGAGACGGAGCACGACGACCAGCUCCGCGCGUGGAUGAAGCAGGUCCGCGACAUCGCGUACAUCGCGCAGGACUGCAUGGAGGUCUACAUGCACGACCUGAGCCCGCCGGAGAGCGGCUUCUGGGCCCUCAUCAGCCACCUCCCCGUGCUCCUGCGGACGGCACCGGCGCGCCGCCGCCUAGCCAUCAAAAUUCGUGAGCUCAAGGACCGGGUGCGGGAGGUCGGCAAGAGGCGCCUGCGCUACGACAUCACCGUCCCAGCAGCGAAGCCCAAGCCCAAGCCGGUCAGCAAAGACAGCACGACCGACGAGAAGAGGGAGGAUUUCCUACGUGCCCUAGAAGUAGAAGAUGACCACCGGAGCACUGGGGUUCCUUCUCCAUCCUUCAGCACAGCAAUCCACCUGCUCCCUUGUAAUCUUCCAACUGAUGCAGGCCCUGUAAUAGAAAAAAUCCGGGUGAAAUGCGUGCCCGAUCACGUUCAGAGCAUGAAGAUGUUGCUUCGUGCUCUGUAUGCUUAUCCCCACGGGACCAAAGAAGAACUUGAGAGUCUGGAGGAUAAGUUGAAUGGCAAAGCAGCGGAUGUGCCCGAGGAGGUGAUGGUUUUUUGCUACAGCAAGCUAUACACACAUUACAAGAGCUGUCUGCAGUAUCUGACUGCUUUCCUCGAGGAAGACAGCAUCAGCAGGACAAGCUUGGUCAGGCGAUGGGUCGCCGAAGGCCUAUUGGCCAGGGACGAAGGGCUUCAAACUAUGGAAGAGGCAGGUGAACGCUGCUUCAAUGAGCUUGUCUUUCGAGGCUUUGUCUGCCCUGCAACUCCUGUUGCUACCGGCCAAACAAUCAAGAGCUGCAACAUGGAGAGUUCAGUCCGGGACUUCGUCGUCGCCAUCUCCAAAAGUGAGAACUUUGUGUCUGGCGCCCUGCCGACUCACUUUCGUUAUCAGAUUGACAUCCGAAAGAUUGCUCGAGGUCGAGGGCAACCACCACAGAAGGCGCCGCUACAGAGGCAGCGGCCAUGGAACAUCUGGGACGGCCUCUGCGCUGUUCCAAGAGAGCCACAGCAGGAUGACGAUGACGGCAAGCUGCAUCCCAUGGAUAUGGUGGUGCAAAAGCUCAAAAACCUACCUGAAGAGUAUCGGCUGAACGUGCUGGAUCUAGGAGGCUGCACAGGCCUGAAGAAGCGCCACCUCAAGAGCAUCUGCAAGGUGCUCUCCCUCAAGUAUCUGAGCCUCCGGAACACCGACGUUUCUCGUCUGCCAAGGGCAAUCAACAACCUCCGGAAGCUGGAGACGCUCGACGUCCGGCAAACCGACCUGCGGCCCAGCGACACGGCGCACAUCGUCCUCCCCAACCUGAAGCAUCUCCUUGCCGGGUCCAUCCGUCCGGCCGGUGACGAGAUCGAAUCACUCUCCACCGUGCAGAUGCCUCGCAAAAUUGGGAGGAGCAUGGAGAUACUGCGCCAUGUCCAGAUCUUGGACGGCAAAGUCGAGCUACACGAGGUUGGGCAUCUGAAGCAGCUGAGGAAGCUGGGUGUGGUUCUCAGCGGCAGUGAAGAUAACAUCAAGCAUUUGCUCAGAACAAUCAGCAAGUUGAGCGAGUGCCUUCGCUCUCUGUCAGUCUGGAUCACAGCGCCGCCACCCAUGGCUGGCGACGGCGGGGGGGUUACUCUUGACAACAAGGACGGUACUGAUGGCAUAUCCUCAUCACCUCCCAAGUACCUUGAGAGCCUAAACAUCAAGUAUUUUAAGGGGACCAGCACCAGCGGCAGCCUCCCACCAUGGAUCGAAGGCCUAAAACUGCUUUCCAAUAUCACUCUACGUGACACCCAACUGUCGGCAAACGGUCUGCGAAUUCUCGGCAAGCUUGAAAGCUUGUGUUGCCUCAGGCUCCGUCGCGAUUCAUACACUGAAGACAAUAUCAGCCUCAAGAAGGGAGAGUUCCAGAAGCUCCAGUUCCUUCUGAUUGAUCAGGUCUGCCCCACUAUCAGAAUCGCCUUUGAAGCCGAUGCCGCCCCCAAGCUGCAGAGGGUUGUCUGGACCUUCGACAAGAACAAGAAGAUGGAGAUCAUGGCGGGUACAAUUUCUGGGAUCGACAACCUUCGAAGCUUGAAAGAGCUCGAGCUCAACGGCGACUGGAUCGACCGACAGGACUAUGUGAACCAAGCCCUUGCAGCGCAUCCGGAGCAUCCCCUCCUCAGGUGCUCGUUUCCAGACUCAUCCCCUCGUCAGUAAGCAUCCCCUUACUGCAUUUAUCAUUCCUGCUUACUACUACUAUUAUAUAUGUGCAGUGUGUGUUACUCUUAACUGUACGUCGAGUGUGUAUUAAUGGACUACUGUACCGUGUGCUACUGCAAUGUGUAUUUGUGAUGCGGUCGAGCGGCCGGUAUUUGUGCUACUAGUAUUUGUCAUGUGAUGGGUGUGUGGAAUUGAACAUCAUCAAUCAUGUAUAUAUGGUGUACCGGAAUAGAAUAUAUGUAUUGCCUUAAUAACGGACGUGCUAUAUAUAUUGUCACAAAACAGCAGUUGUUCAGCAGAUCAAUCUCGGCCGUCAGAUUAGGAUCGGACCGCCAAAUGACGUUCAACCUCCAGACGCUGCACUUCUCUCUUUCUCUAUGUU